AUCACGUGGCACUGCGUUCCUAGUGUUCUACUCUCACUCACUCACGCUCUCUCAUUCACGACACUCCUUCUGAUCCACUCAUUCACGAUCAUCUCUCUUACGCUCGCGGCUAUCCUCCCGCUCGCCCACGCCGCUGCGCACCUGCCUCGCACGGGACUCGAUGCACGCCCCCAUGCUGCGACGAACGUCUGCGCCUGCAUCGGUGGCGUGAUUCGCGUCGACGGCACCGACUGCGGCACACUCGAACCCGAGUCGCUGUGCGCCUGUGUUAGCACGGUCGCGGACGCCGUCGCCAGUGUCUCCCUUGCCCCGAUCAAGGCCGCGUUGGCUGUCGGCGGCGCCGCGGCGGAGGCCGAGCUCGUUGCCUCACUGACGGCCAAGAUCCAGUCCUCUCCAAAAAAGAGGACCUGCGCGCAUCCGCCGCACUCCGUACCUGUCUGUUCCCACGAGGAUCUGUGCGGUUUCACAUGUCGAUCCGGCUUCGAGCUGUCGAAUGGCCUGUGCUUCCCGGUCGCCGCUAGUACAGGGGCCGAUGCCGCUGUGGAUGCUGUGGAUGCUGUGGCUGCUGUGGCUGCCUCUGUUGAUGCAUCGACUUCCGUCGCUGUUUCGGUCGCCGCGAAUGUCUGCGCGUGCGUUUCCGGUCCACUUUCGGUCAAGGGCAAGAGCUGUGGCUCCAUUGCUCCUGAGGACGAACUGUGUGCUUGUGUUGGCGCCCUCGCUGGCGUCGUCGCUAAAUCGGCUCUGGCACCCAUCAAAGUCGCGCUCUCUCUCGCUUCCGAGGCCGACGUCGUCGCGUCUCUUACCGCUAUGAUCUCUGCCACUGCUGAGGGCGAGAGGAAGAAGACGUGUUCGUUCCCGGCGCACGCCGUUUCGUCUUGCUCUCCCAAGAACAUCUGCGGGUUCUCCUGCCUAUCCGGUUUCAAACUCGCCAACGGCGUUUGUGUCGCUGUGGACGCUGACGUAGGUACUGCGGUUUCGCUCGCAGGUAACGUCUGCGGGUGCAUUUCUGGACCGGUCUCGGUGAGAGGAAACGACUGCGGGUCCAUCCCUCCUGCUCAAGAGCUCUGCACAUGCGUCAGCUCUCUCUCAGGCCUCGUUGCUGUAUCCACCCUCGCGCCUAUCCAAGCAGCACGCUCUUUCGCAGCCGAUGUCGAGAUCGUUGCUUCGCUCACCGCCAUGAUCGCAGCUGCCCAUGAAAGCGACCGACAGACCUGCACUUUCCCCGCACACGCAACUCCGUCGUGCUCGCGUGAAAACUUGUGCGGAUUCACCUGUCUCCCCGGGCACAAGCUUCAUGCCGGACUUUGCGUCGAUGGCGGGCUGCUUGGGCUCGGUUUCGGCCUUGGCUUCGGGAUCUCCCUUUGACGCGCAGAUUGUACGAUUCUUACACAACGCUCUGGACCUGA